UCUCUCUACUCCCUCCCUCCCUCCCUCCAACCCUCUCUCGUACACAUCGAUAGCGUGCCUUUGUCUGCUAGAUUCACCUCAAGCUGUGGAUUAAUCAUGUGCGGUGGUGCUAUCAUCGCCGACUUCAUCCCCCGCCACCGUGGGCGCCGCCUUACCGCCUCUGACAUCUGGCCCAACUCUUUCGGUAAGCCAAAUGAUGACUCCGACUUCGACUUCCAUUUUCCUCAAGCCGAUCACUCCGACUCCCGCAAAUCAUCCCAUCCUUCCCCAGCUGAUCAGCAAGCCGAGAAGCCCGUUAAGAGGCAGAGGAAGAAUCUCUACCGAGGGAUUCGACAGCGUCCCUGGGGCAAAUGGGCUGCGGAGAUUCGCGACCCCAGGAAGGGGGUUCGUGUUUGGCUCGGUACCUUCAACACUGCUGAAGAAGCCGCCAGGGCCUAUGACAGAGAAGCUAGGAAGAUCCGCGGCAAGAAAGCCAAAGUUAAUUUUCCCAAUGAAGACGAUGCCUACUCCCUCCCGGCUUGUCAUCCACCGCCUCCGCUCCGAUCCCCAAUCUCUCCCCUGUAUCCACAACAAUACGGCUCUAACCCAAACAAUGUGCCCAAGAGUUUCAAUUUGGAGUUUGGCUAUGAUCUGAACCAGGCGGGCACAAUUCCUUCCCUCGGUUUCGACACCGAUCCACCCCUUGUUUCCGGAGACGAACAUUCGGGAUGCGGGUCGGGCUCUGGUUCCGAGGGUGCCUACUCCACGAUGCAGUUGCUGGACGCAAAUAAGAACGCAAACGGCUAUUCUUCUCAGUGUUCAAAUGUGGACGUAGAAGGAAAAGGGAACAAGGCGGUGAUGGAAGCCGAAGAGAAGAACGAGAUACAGAAGCUGUCGGAGGAGCUGAUGGCGUACGAGAACUACAUGAAGUUUUAUCAGAUUCCAUAUUAUGACGGGCAAUCGACGGCGUCUAAUAAUGUCCAGGAAAACGUGGUGGGCGAUCUUUGGAGCUUUGACGACGAGGCCGUCCCCGACCCGGUGACCUCAUCGGCCCCGUGAUGGCUCGCGGUUGCCGGGCAGGGCGGAGAAACCGGAAUGAGCGACAGAACUGGCGAUUUAAGUUUGAAGCUUUCGAGUUGAAUUGUAAUGAUUUUCCGAUACAGUGUUUGGAUUUUGAUUACAUUUUGUUUUGUAUAAUUUUCUUGGGUGUAAUUAAAUUAAAUUCAUUCAAUUAGUUGAUUGCAGCGUCCA